UCGCAGGCUCGUGCAUAUUGUCAAGUCAAGUGUUUUGACAGCAAGCCAAACUUGAAAUGUAUGAAAGAAAUACUUGAAUAAAAAUCACAUUUCUGAAUCAAAAUUAAAGAUGAGCGGUAAAAUCAUUGUGUAUGUUACCUCUGUAACGAGCAGCAAAGAGAUUAAGAAACAACAGCAAAGAAUUGAUAUGGUCCUUUCUGGAAAGCACAUUGAGUUUGAAAAAGUGGACAUAUCUUUAGAAGAAGGUGCGAAGGAAAAGAUGCGGGAGGGUGCAGGUGAGGGAACUCUCCCUCCCCAAAUUUUCAAGGGCGAUACCUAUCUUGGGAACUAUGAACAGUUUGAUUCUGCCAUUGAAAAUGAAGAGCUGGAGAAGUUCUUGAAACUUAACUAAUUCACAAAAUAUCUCAAAGACCUGUGUUAACAUUGACUAUUCAUGUAUAUUCUUACUCAAUAAUCAUAAGUAAUUUUAAUUCAGACCAAUUAAAAUUGAAUCAACCCAGAAAA